UUCAACCUUAUUACAUUAAUUAUCCCACUACAAACAUGAACAUCCCUCGUCUCGAUACAUAUUGCAAACAAAUUCACAUGUCGCAGCGUGGACACUCCUCAAUGGUUUUAUUCGAUACUUAUCCGCAGCUCAGUUCAUAGAACAUACGCCCUGUGCAGUUCAUCCUUUGACUAUCUUCGACCGAGUCCAGCAGCCAGAGUAGCCCGUACUAGUAUAGUAGCUAGCAUUAAAUUUGUAGUAAAACCCAGUCACCAAGAAAAUGACUUCAAGGAGGAUGGUUCCGGUGAAGUUGACGAUCGCUGUCGGGUUUUUGUUCACCGUUUCCGUGUGUUCUUCAUCCAUGACAGCGAAAAAGUCACCCUCCUCUACUGGUCGUGCUCGCAGCGUUGAAAGCGGUUUGGAUGAUGAACUGAUUCCGUCUUACGAGUGUGCUCACCGUAGCCGAGAUUGGACUAUGCGGUGUAUGGUGCCGGUGACCAAUUUUCAAAUGUCCCUAGAUCUGUGCGGAACGAAUCAGACGCCUGACAAAAAUCACGUUCAAAACUGUGUGAAAGAACUGUACAUUCUGGGUAAAUCGUGCCCACAAACUUCGAUGAUGGAUGCAGCGAAAGAGAUGAUGCACCAAAAGGGUCCACCACCACCGCCGCCAGCCCCACAGACGACUAAACCGAAGAAGCCAAAGGCAAAGAAACUCUUGGAAAAUAGCCUACCUCACCUAUCGAAGGCGUAUUCGAAGGGAACAGUCGGCGGAAAGAAAAAAGAAAAAUUUGAUCUUUGAUUGAGUGAAAGUAAUGUCCAAGUAAUAAAAAUGCCGUG